UUUCUCCCCCUUUUGAUCGCCAGGGCGACCGACAAAGCAGAUCUGCGUCACCAGAUCUGUCCACUGCCAUUCCAUCUGGCCUCAGCUGUGCUGAUCCACCAGGCUGCAAAGACACUUGCCAUGAAAUGAGUGGCCCAACCCUGACAGUCACGGCCCUGCCAACCGUCGAACCCACAAGGCCAUUUCGCUCUUCCAGUCAUUCUCCUUCACAUUCCACCUCAGAUUUGCUGUCAAGUCCCGAUACUUUCCAACCACAAUCGAAUGUGGCUCCGAAGUUACAUAAUCGACCAUCGAGCGCCAAAAGCCUUCCUGGCUUACCUUCUUUCGAUGUACCUUCUUUCGACUUCGGUACUGACCUCGAUACCAGUUUUUCCUUCUCGAAGGACAUCCUGAAGAACGGUACCAAUGAGAAACCCACGCCUACUUACACCGAAAACGAUAUGGCUGGCCCUGAUUCCGGGUCAGCUAAGGCCCCGAAACGAAGAUCGACAAUAAGCCGACCGCAGUCAUGGAUGCCUUCAUCUAGACCGUCUCUACACCUGGUAGAGGAUACCGGAGACGCGAUGGAUACAGAGCCUGCAAGUGAAGAGGGUGCAGACGACCACAGAUUCCUGACACCGAAGCCCCACGAUAAAUAUAGAAACGUUUCAGAUUCAAUUUCUUCUCUAGCGAAGCGUUCAUGGAUAACGGGAUCACGGUCGCCCUCGCCCGGCGACAAGAAGGACGAUGUCGAAGCCAUCCCCGAAGGAAGACCGGGUCGUCGUGAACGAUCUGCUAGUAACAGUUCGAUCAUGAAGCUUAGAAGGUCCUCACGGAAGCGUCCAGUAUCACCUGCCGACAGUGAAAGCAACAAAUCGACCGAAUCUCUAGGUAAAUUUGGAAGUUAUCUUAAUAGGAUUAAGCAACGACAACCCGGCAUGCUGGCAAAAGGCAAGGCUCAAUACGAUCGCGAUAGUCCUGCAUCCUCAACAGCCAGCAUUGCUCCCCCGUCCACUGAAACCCGCAAAUCGCAUACAUCCGAGACGAGCAACAGUACCUUCCCAGAUGACAACAUCUUAUUGGGGAAAUUGCCACAGACCAGAGACCCUCUUUGGUCGGCGUUCAAAGCCCUGGAUUCAGAAAAUCACAAAUUCCAGACGAAGUCUACAGCUCUGAAGAUGGGUAUGGUUCGAAGCGUUCUGGUGCCGUUUCUAAGAACUCAUGCGAAUCAUCCAUCGAAUAGGAUGCUACAUCACGAAGACCUGGAACGACGAGCCCUUAUAUUGAAUAAAUGGUGGACUGGACUUCUUGAGCUGUUUGACGGAAAGGUCCAACCACUUGUCGCGGGAGUUGACAGGCCUAUUCUACUCGAGGCUUUGACUUCUCUCAUGAUGAGACUUGAAUGGCGGCAGUGCGCUGCUAACUUCUGCCCGCUUACGGAUCGAAAUUCUGCAGAACAGCAACAACAGCAGCAAUCUGAAAUUAGACGCAACAAGUCCUCUGCUUCUCUGGAUUCGACAGACUCUACCUAUCUGGCCGAGUCCGCAAGACACAACGUGAAAACCAUGUUUGUCACAAAUCUUGUAGCACAGAUGGCUAUGGUGGUCGAGAAGCUGUCUCAGAGACACGCUCCCUUGAGCCUUGUCAACUUUGCAGGAAAGGCUUGUGCUUAUGCCUUCUUCUUUGCACCAGGUAUUGCUGACGUGUUGGUUCGACUCUGGUCUCUGUCUCCGGAUCGGAUACGUCGAGUGAAGGACGAGUUCGGCCUGCCGCGGCAUUGCGGACGCGGAUCUGAUGUCAUCGUGGCGCUUUUCCCCCAUUGCGUCGACAAACUUGGUUGGACUUCUGUUAGGGACUUAACUAACAUGCUUAAACAAGCUGCCACGCUUCCAUUGACCGCUGCCAAGAUUCACUGGCGAGGGCCAUGGAUUUCUAGAUGGGCAGGACGUGAUACUGACCUUUUCUUCAUAUUCUGCAAGUAUUAUUAUAUACUGGUCGAGGAAUUUACACCUGCGGGACUGACACUAGCUGAAAAAGCCCGUGCACCGGGUUUCGUUUUGGUAAACGCCCAAGUACUGACUAUUCUGGAUUCGACCGUACAUCGCCAGGCCGCUGUAGAUGUUAUGAUAGCGCCUCCACUUACAGAUGCGAUUCAUGGUGCCGAUGCAUCUGCGAUGGCUUUGCCGGGUCUUCCGAACAGCAAUAUCAUGAAAGGAAUGAGCGAGAACCGGCUGAUAGUAUUAUUGAAGGACCUGCUUUCCCCCGCAUCCAUGUACUACGUGGACGCAAGACACACAUUUGCAGAAUCAUUCAUGGCGAUUAUGAGAGCUACUGCGAAACGAACCUCGCAGUAUGACCAUAACGCAUGCUUCACGAUUUGUGACUUCCUGGAGGAAUCGUUGGUGGCUUACGAGACUUUCGUUGAUUCCCAGAACUUCGUUGACUGGCCGUUCUGGUUCGAGGUUUGCAAGAGAGUUAUGAACUCCAACAAUACAAUGUCUGAGAUUCGGGUGCUCUCCUUCAUCUUCUCAAUUUGGGAUGCUAUCGCAAGCGACCAACCCCGCAAAGAGGCUGUAUGUCUGGAGUGGUUGCUCACCGAGGAGGUAUUCAACAAGUUGUUCAACAACUGGUGUCCUAUGGUCCGAGCUUAUUAUAUGCGACUACUAUGCUGGAGAAUAUGUAGAGACGCUGGCAGUGCAAAUGAAUCGGACACGAGGAUAUUCCUCGUCGUUUACUCGCGUCUCAAGACCGUAUGGUCUCACUAUCUCUGGUUGAAGCAUGUUACUGAGCAACAAGGCAAAUUCCCACCAUCGACCGCACCUUCGUUCCCGACUCCCGGUAAGCGAUUCAUGAUCAUUCGCACCGAAAUACCAACCGUGCAACCUGGGUUCAUGAUGGGGUUUGACUCGUCCGCCCCCCUCCCUCCGCAGAGCGAUCCAGCGUCGACUCCAGCUACCGAUUUCGAGUCGAUGGAUUCUAUCGACUACGCCGAACCUACCUUUCAAAAGAAGAGAGGCAGUCUCUUGGGCAAACUCUUCUCGUUUACUGGAAGUAAUAAUAAUAAUAAUGAUUUGGAAGCCGUGAGACGUGAGACUGCGGCGUCACGCAUUCGACCAAUCUUGCCACCCAAGGGGCCCUCCAGUGUCACUCCGCCCGGUUCUGACUCGGAUAGCAUAGGCUCAUCGCCCACGUAUGACGCUCUUCAAUAUGUUUUCAAGUUCACCCUGUCUUGGAACGCCGCUGGCACUAUGUCUCCUCCAAAUCGUAUCCUCACUCGACCGCGUCUACCGAGUCCCGCGCAAUCCUGGGUAGCUGCAAAAGGCCGAACCGGAAGUCCACCGCCACCAUCGGCGGGACGUCCAGCUCCAACACGAGCGAUUUCCGGAAGCCCCAACCCUGGGUUAGUCGAUUCAGCGAAGAACGCUAAUCCCUCCGAGGUCCCCCCAUCGCCUCACCGAAUAUCCAUGGCAUUCGACCGUCGGCAGAGCAUCGGUCAAUCGAGUCCUAUCGACAGGAACGAUGAUGAUUUACCUCUCAGCCCAGUGAGCUCUACGAAUCGAGCUAGAGAUGAUGCGUUAUGUCGAAGUCCGAUCUCCCCGACGCAGGAACCUAUCAUCAUGCCGGUUGAACCAAAGGGGUUCUUUGCUAAUGGUGUAAAAUAUGCUGGUCGGGCCCUGGCCGAAUGGAGUCUCGUCGUUGCCGAAUGCAACAGUUUUGUUGACCGUAGACGAGACGAAGGUGUUCUCGGUUUAAGCGACGUCGAGGUACCAGCCCUAGGGGUUGAGGGCUUCAGAAAGUUGGCCUAAUUUAUUCUCCAAUACCGUAAAGAUAUAGGCUCCCAAG